AUAGUGGGCUGGGCAAGGCUAGGUCAGUGUCGGAGAGCGUGGAGUGAACUGGCAAAUCCCCAUCCGCACACCUCAGACGUCCGUGUCGAUCACUCGCUUGAAACGGGAGUGGGACUCCGAGUCCCUCCUCCCACCCUUUCGACUCCUCUAAGAACCCCAUGGAAUCUUCGUAUCGGGUAAAACAGCCUAAAGCCUAAACAUAGAAGGCAGCAGAAUUUGCGAAAUCCAGAGUGGGUUGGGUUGGUAAAUAAGGGCCAGAUCCAGGGCUUUUAUAAUUCUCAAAUCUCGCAUUCGGAUACUGUAAUCAUAAUCAUCUCUUUUUUUCUUACUGCGUACAUCUUCAUAUUUCCGCACGGAUACUGUAAUCCACGGCGAGGGCUGAAACGAAGGUUCCUCACAGCUCAAAUCCAGGCAAUAGACUUCUUACAGCUCUCUCUCUCUCUCUCUCGUUUGUGGAGUUCUCUGGAGUCUGAUCGUCCAUGGGAUUGUGGGAGGCUUUCCUCAAUUGGCUUCGCAGCCUCUUUUUCAAGCAGGAAAUGGAGCUUUCUUUGAUAGGACUUCAGAAUGCUGGGAAAACAUCACUUGUUAAUGUUGUUGCAACUGGUGGAUAUAGUGAAGACAUGAUUCCUACGGUAGGAUUCAACAUGAGGAAAGUAACUAAAGGGAACGUCACGAUAAAAUUGUGGGAUCUUGGAGGUCAGCCUAGGUUUCGCACUAUGUGGGAGAGAUACUGCCGUGCAGUUUCUGCUAUUGUUUAUGUGGUUGAUGCUGCUGAUCCAGAUAACAUUGGCAUCUCAAAAAGUGAACUCCAUGAUCUGCUGAGCAAACCCUCACUGAAUGGUAUUCCUUUGCUGGUACUGGGAAACAAAAUCGACAAGCCAGGAGCUCUGUCCAAACACGCUUUGACUGAAGAAAUGGGACUCAAAUCAAUUACUGACAGAGAAGUAUGCUGCUUCAUGAUCUCUUGCAAGAAUUCUACCAACAUUGAUUCUGUUAUUGAUUGGCUUAAAGAAAUCCAAAAAUCAAUUCGCAAAUCAAAGCGCUUGGCCAAUCAAAACCAGUCCCCAACUGAAGAUGAAGAAGUAAAUGAAGAAGCUCAUUUCCGAACCCUAAAGCGCGAAUACACAAAGUUGUCCAAGGCUUUGAUGGUUGGGAAGCCGUGGGAGAGACCUGGGUUCAAAGAGAUUCUGAAUGGGAGUGUGGAGUACGGUGGAGAGAGGCUGAAGAGAGAGCAUUUGAGGGAGUUGAGCGAAAUUCUUGAGAAGCGUGGUGAGGUCAGGUGGCUUUUGGAUGAUGAUGUUGAAGUUGAACAAGGUUCUUCGGGGAAUGAACGGAGAGGGUGGAGUCCGGCAAGGCGUCGCGGUGGAGAUGCUGAUGCUAUUAGGUUUCUCGUUGAUAGGCUUACUGCUGCAGACAUUACAAUUAGAGAUUGGAAGUUUUCCAGGGUAAUGAAACAGUCUGGAUUACAGUUCACAGAACGCCAGUUACUGAGAAUUGUUGAAGAACUUGGUGCUCGAGGACACUGGAAGCAUGCAUUAUCUGUUGUGGAAUGGGUGUACACCGAUAAGGAUAAGGACAACAGACGGUAUAAGAGCAGGUUUGUAUACACUAAACUCUUAGCAGUUCUUGGGAAAGCAAAAAGGCCCCAUGAAGCUCUUGACAUUUUCAAUUUGAUGCGUGGUGACUGCCAUAUAUACCCAGAUAUGGCUGCAUACCACAGUGUUGCUGUUACCCUUGGUCAAGCCGGUCUUCUGAAAGAAUUGCUGAACAUUAUUGAAUGCAUGAGGCAGAAACCUCCAAAAAGAAUAAAAAAUAUGUGCCGGAAGAACUGGAAUGCACUCCUUGAACCUGAUGUGGUUAUAUUUAAUGCUGUACUGAAUGCUUGUGUUCCAACCCAACAAUGGAAGGGUGUGUCUUGGGUGUUUAAGCAGUUGAGAAAGUGUAGUCUGAAGCCUAAUGGAGCAACUUAUGGACUUGCAAUGGAGGUGAUGCUGCAAUCUGGAAAGUAUGACCAUGUCCACAGGUUCUUUGAAAAAAUGAGAAGAAGUGGGGAAGCUCCAAAAGCCCUUACUUAUAAAGUUCUUGUCAGAGCCUUUUGGGAGGAAGGUAAAGUCAAUGAAGCUGUUGAAGUCGUCAGGGAUAUGGAACGAAGGGGAGUGGUUGGAAUUGCUAGUGUAUAUUAUGAGCUAGCAUGCUGCCUUUGCAACAACGGGAGGUGGCAAGAUGCUAUUGUGGAGGUUGAGAAGCUGAAAAAACGUCCUCAUAGUAAACCUUUGGAGGUUACAUUCACUGGCAUGAUCACCUCUUCCAUGGAUGGUGGACAUCUUGAUGAUUGUCUAUCCAUCUUUGAGCACAUGAAAUAUCAUUGCUCCCCCAACAUCGGGACCAUAAAUGCCAUGCUGAAAGUUUAUGGACGGAAUGAUAUGUUUUCUAAAGCUAAAGAGUUGUUUGAAGAAACCAAAAGAUCUACAUUUGCUUCUAAUACAUGCAUGGAUGAUGGCAGUAUUUCCCUCGUACCAGAUUUGUACACAUAUAGCUCAAUGCUCGAGGCAUCUGCCAGUGCACACCAAUGGGAGUUUUUUGAGUAUGUCUACAAGGAGAUGACUCUCUCUGGGUAUCAGCUUGAUCAAAGCAAACAUGCAUUGCUACUUGGAAAAGCCUCCAGAGCUGGGAAGUGGCAUCUGCUGGAGCAUGCAUUUGACACAAUUUUGGAAGCUGGAGAAAUUCCUCAUCCUUCUAUCUUCACUGAAAUGAUAUGUCAAGCUACCGCACAGCAUAAUUAUGAAAGAGCAGUCACCCUCAUCAACGCUAUGGCUCAUGCCCCAUUUGUGGUCAGUGAAAAGCAAUGGACAGAUCUUUUUGUGACAGAUGACAGGAUCAGCAGGGUUAAUUUAGAGAAACUAUUGGAUUCUCUCCAUAAUUGUGAUGUAGCAGAGGAAGCCACCGUCUCAAACUUAUACAAGUCACUGCAGUCUCUGUGUGGAUCCGGAACAUCAAUGGACCAGAGUUCUGUUGCUUUUGGAGAUGAAGCCAUGAUUAGAACACCCUUGAAUGGCAAUAGUGGAGAGCUUGAUGACAACAAAAAGGUAUUUUUUCAAAAGUUUUCUGCGGAUGCUAGGGGUUCAGACCUUAGCCCUCAUGAGAACCCUCCUGUUAAGAACAGUGAUGUCACAUUUGAUAUAUUUUCUGUCAACCUCACCCGUAGUGAGGAAGAAGAUGAUGACACAGAUGGAGAAGCCAUCUCUGAAGCCUUUAAUUAUGCUUGUAAUGGAGAUGAAGUGGCAUCAAAUGAACCUAAUACUUUAGAUGGGAACUCAGAAGGCAUUAACAAGAUUGAACUCAACAUGCGGGCUAAAGAAGAUGAUUCCCACGGAUCCAACUUGCCCUCAGCAAAUGAAAUAUUGGAAACUUGGAAGAAGAGCAGGGAAAGGGAUGGUAUUUUCUUCCCCUUUCAACUGGGCCAGAAGUAAGGCGCCAGACAAACUGACUGGGAUCUUCGGUAGCAAUAUCCAUAUGUAAUCUUGCAACUACUAAUAUACGACAGAUUGUUGAUAUGGCAUUCACCAUUGGUCUGUACAAAAGUUAGUAUGUCAAUAUACUGCAAAGAAGAAGCAUUUAUUAGAUUGAAGCACACAUCUUUGCUCUA